AAUAAUAGUAUAAGCAUGUUGGAGGGCAUCAAAAGUAAUUUGAGACCUUCCAAACCCUAGCGUUUCUGCAGAGAAAAGGUAGUAGAGCCAUGUCGGAUGAAGUGGUGGUAAACGGCGCCGGCGGCGAUGUAGAUGUUGAAAUACCAGUAAAGGAAGUAGAUUCCGACGGAACUAUGCAUCAAAGUGUUCAAAAAUUGACGCAAAAGCUUGCGAUACUUGAGCAAGAAAAGCAACAACUUAUCAACGAUAAGGAAUCGGCGACGGAGAAAAUCAAGGAACUUGAGGAGGAGAUCCAGGGAUUUGAAUCCGAUAAGAGGGCGUUGAGUUCGAUUGCUUCAAGGGCGGCUGAACUGGAGACUGAGGCAUCGAGGUUGCAACAUGAUUUAAUUACGGCGAUGUCGGAUGGACAGGAAGCGAAUGCUGAGUUAUCUGAAUUGAAGCGAGUGGUGGAGGACUUGAAGACGAGUGAAUCGGAGAAAUCGGAGAAACUUGCUGUUAUCGAGAAGGAGAGGAACUUGCUGUUGGAGCGUUUGAAUGAAGACGCCGAGAAACUGAAGGAGGAGGAAAAUCAAAUUCGCGAACUUGAGAAGAAGAUUGAGGCUUUUGAGAUGAGGGAAAGUAGUCAGAAGAGCGAGAGUUCUAAGGUUGAGGAAGAGGCUAAAGUGAAAAUCAGCGAGAAAGAUGACCAGAUACAGAGUUUGAACAGUAUGGUCGACGAGUUCCAAUCCGUAAUCGUCAAGAGUCGUGCUGAUUUGGAGAAGUCGAAAAAGGAGAAAGAAGAGUUAGAGAUCGGGAAGAAUGAUUUGGAAGUUCUGUUGAAGAAAUCCGAGAGGAAGGUUAAUGAAAUGGAACAAAAAUUGGAUCAAUUAAGCGAAGAAUUGGAAGCACUCGAGAAGAUUAAUAGUGUUCUCAAGGAGAAAGCGGUAGAGGAUAUCAACGGCAUGGGAGCUAAGAGAGGUAUCGUCAUCAAUGGUGAUGAGAAGACGCUGAUGGGGUUGAAGCUAGAUUGGCCAGUGGUUGCAGCGACUGCCGGUGCUGCUAUUGCUACGGUUGCAGUUGUGUACUUCCGCAAUACAAAGUUUUGAGUGGCAAUGGAAAUGAAACAGGUGAACAGUUCUAUGCUAAUUGAAAUAUGCUUGGGUUUUAUAGGGUUUUGAGUUUCAUUUUUGUGUUGAUCAACUUGAACCAUUGUAUACUGGUUCUCUAAAUUACAGUUGUUGGCUUUACUUAAAGGGCAUGUUUUAUUUGUCCAAUAAAAAUAGAAUCUUUAUCUUUUGUAUCACUGUAAUAUUUUUCUUAUUUGAUAUCACAAUGGUCAGUUUUGCUAUGCUA